AUGACUGAUUUUCGGGUUCUGUUGUCUUAUCUUCUUCAUACAAUUUCAGGGGCAAUUUUUCGGGAAGAUCAGAAGAAUUCACUUCACGAUUUAGCUUUUAAAUUUGCUAUCCAUAAAAUCAACAGAAAUCAGCAUAUUCUGCCGAGGACAACAUUGAUUUACGACAUUCAAUAUGUGAGAGUUGAUGACUCGUUUCAUGCGAACAAGCAAGUUUGUUCGCAAUUUAAAAACGGAUCGAUAACAAUUGUAUCGUCUGAGAAAGCACUCAGCAAUCACAUUCAGUCGACAACGAGGGCAUUAGAUAUUCCACAUAUUCAGACACAUUUAGAUGCUGAUAGCACUGAUGGUAACAAAGAAUUCUCAAUCAACAUUUUCCCAUCACAAACGAUUCUCAACAAGGCAAUGUUUGAUGUUAUGAGAUUUCUCAAUUGGACAAGAUGUGCGAUAAUCUAUGAACAAGACGCAGGCAUAUACGAUUGUGACAAACAUAGACAUUUCUCUGGUAUUUGCUUAGGGGUGAUAAGGUUGCGUGACCUGUUAAGCUUCUCACCGAUUGACAUUCUAGUUAAAACGGCUGAUCAGAAGUCAUAUCAUGGAAUACUUCAAGAGUUGAAAGACAAGGAAAUUUAUAACAUGAUCAUCGACAUUCAUGACACGGAGAGUAUGAGUGACUUCCUCAAAGCUAUUCUCGAGCUGCAAAUGAACGACUUUAAGUACCACUAUUUAUUCACGUCAUUCGAUUUGGAAACGUUUGAAAUGGAAGACUUCCGAUACAACUUUGUUAACAUUACCGCCUUCCGAUUAGUUGAUACAAAUGAUGUUUUUGUUAAAGAGAUACUCAAGGAAAUGGAACAAUUCAGUCGACAACACAACGUCAAGUUCAAGAGAAAUCUUGCUGUUGAGACACAAGUUUCACUCAUAUACGAUGCCGUGUUCGUGUUCGCAAUCGGCUUACAAACUCUGCAACAUUCAUCUGAGAUUCUUUUCUCCAAUGUCAGCUGCAAGGACGAAAAGGCAUUACAUAGUGGCUCAAGCUUAAUUAACUUCAUAAAUACUGUAGAAUUCAAAGGAAUUUCAGGUCAAAUUGAAUUUAAAGAGGGACAAAGGAAUGCUUUUAAAUUAGACUUGAUAAAGUUGAAGCAGAACUUUUUUGUUAAAUGUGGAGAAUGGAGUCAUCCAACUGGCCUUAACAUUACGGAUUAUGAUUCACUUUUCGAAGGCAAUCAAAUGAACACAACACUUGUUGUGGUCACAAUACUUCAAGUGCCAUAUGUGAUGAUUCACACAGGGAAGAACACAACCGGAAAUGCCCGUUUCUACGGCUUUUGCAUUGAUGUUCUCGAGAGGAUAAGCAAAAUCAUUGGUUUCAACUACAUUUUGGAUUUGGUUCAUGAUAGAAAAUAUGGAGCAAAAGAUCCGAUAUCAGGAGAUUGGAAUGGUGAGAUUUUUAAAACUGUUAACAUUAAAGCUGACCUUGCUGUAGCAUCGAUGACAAUCAAUUACGCGAGGGAAAGUGUCAUCGACUUCUCGAAGCCUUUCAUGAACUUGGGAAUAUCAAUUUUAUUUAAGGUGCCCGAGUCAGAAGAAACGAAACUUUUCUCCUUUCUCAAUCCAUUGGCUGUGGAAAUUUGGAUUUUCGUUUUCUUUGCUUAUUGUUUGGUUUCAUUUACUGUUUGGAUAGUUGCCCGUUUUAGUGAGUGGAGUGUUGCAACCAAAUGUAAUACAAACUCGGGGCUAUACGAGAAUCAUUUCACACUUUCAAACAGUAAUGAAAAUUCUUGGAAGGGUAAUAAUGUUAUCGAAUUUCAAUCGUUACUUAGUUUCUGGUUUGUUAUCGGAACAUUGAUGCAACAAGGAUCAGAUUUGAAUCCAAAGGCGACAAGUACUCGAAUUGUGGGGGGUAUUUGGUGGUUUUUUACAUUGAUAAUCAUCUCAAGUUAUACAGCAAAUUUAGCAGCCUUUUUGACUGUCGAAAGGAUGAUAACGCCAAUCGAGAAUGCUGAAGAUUUGGCGACACAAACUGAAAUUUCUUAUGGGACGCUUGAAAGCGGCUCCACAAUGACAUUCUUCAGAGAUUCGAUGAUAGAAACAUACAAGAAGAUGUGGAGAACGAUGGAAAAUAAGAAACCUUCGGUGUUUGUGCCGACAUAUGAAGAAGGAAUUCGACGUGUUUUGGAAGGAAAUUAUGCGUUUUUGAUGGAAAGCACGAUGCUUGAUUAUAAUGUUCAAAGGGAUUGCAAUCUCACACAGAUUGGUGGUAAUUUAUUCUCCCCACAUUUCAUUCUUUCUAUUUACGCUUUUUUUACUUUUACAUUUCUUGUGGUUAUUUAUGAGCCAUCUCGAUGUCUAUUUUGUCUCGUCCCCAAAGGUCUUCUUGAUACAAAAGGGUAUGGGAUAGCGACACCCAAGGGAAGUAUCUGGCGUGACAAAAUCUCGCUGGCAAUUCUCGAACUUCAAGAGAAAGGUGAAAUACAAAUGCUCUACGAUAAAUGGUGGAAAAAUACUGAAGAAACUUGUACUCGAGAUGAGAAACAUAAAGAUACGAAAGCAAAUUCACUUGGUGUUGGCAACAUCGGUGGAGUUUUUGUCGUGUUGCUAUGUGGAUUGGCAUUUGCUGUGCUUGUAGCAAUUGUUGAAUUCUGUUACAAAACGAAGAAAGACAAUUUUAAUGAUCCAUUAAAUUUAAUAAACUCAAAGAAUUCUCUCUGUGCUGAGAUGACGGAUGAGUUAUGCUUUGCUUUGAGUUGUAAAAAUGCCAAUCACCAAAGGCAAGCAUUCAAAAAAACGAUCUGCAAUGAAUGCAGAAACUCCAACAAUUUAUUUCUUAAAUCUCAGUCAAAUAUGAUAAAUGACAUAAUGUAA